AUGUCUCCGUUCACCACACUCACUGUUGCGGUAUCCCUGCUCCUUGCAGACCUGACCAACGCAGAACGGGUUCUGGGGGCAUAUAUCUUCCAGCGUCAUGGAGAUCGCACCGCAAAAUCCUGGCCACCGACCAAGUUGACCAGUCUAGGGUACAGCCAGGAGUAUAUGACGGGGGAAUUUUUCCAUGACCGCUAUAUCUCGGCCAAUUCUUCCUAUAAGAUUGAUGGGAUCAGUACCGACAUCGUAAACUUGGCCCAGAUCACUGCGAGUGCGCCGCAAGAUGAUGUGAUCGACAACUCCGGAGUGGGAUUCCUCCAAGGGCUUUACCCUCCCGUCGGUUCGAUUGCCACGGAGACUCUGCGCAAUGGAUCAAUCGUCGAGGUUCCGCUGAAUGGAUAUCAGCUAAUCCCGAUGUCAGAUGUACAAUCUGGCAGCGGGAGUGAGGACAACACGUGGCUGCAAAGCACCUCUUCCUGUGGCAAGGCCAUAGUCAGCAGUAAUAACUACUUCUACUCGAACUCCUAUGAGAGCCUGUUUUCAGACACUCGCAGGCUCUACCAGUCACUUGAGCCGUUGGUGAAUGAGACAUUCAGUGCCAGCGAGCUGAGCUACAAGAAUGCAUACACUGUAUGGGAUUUACUCUACGUGGCUCUCAUACACAACUCUACCGCAAGUUUCCCUUCAUCGACCAUCAUCAACGACACAGUCAUGCGAGAGCUGCUUGUUCUCGCGAACGAGCACGAGUUCAAUCUGGCGUACAAUAGCUCUGACACCAUCCGUGCUAUUGCGGGUAUGACUCUGGCAGGCGAAGUUCUGACAGCCCUUAACGAAACAAUCACAUCUGGCGGCAAAUCCAAGCUAAACGUCCAGUUUGGUGCGUACGCCUCUUUCCUGUCAUAUUUUGGUCUGGUUGAGCUCUCAGCCACCACAGUCAAUUUCACUGGCAUUCCUAACUAUGCUUCAUCCAUGGCGUGGGAGCUUGUGACAGAUGACGAGGGAACUGAGAUACCCGUCACUUCAGACAUCAGAGUGCGUUUCCUGUUCCACAAUGGAACUAGCAUCGAGGGUUCGACACAGCUGCAGGCUUAUCCGCUUUUUGGCCAAUCGACGGUCGAGCUCCCGUGGGCGCAAUUCGUGGAGGAGACGAAGAGAACUGCCAUUCUAUCACAGAAGGAAUGGUGUCAAGCAUGUGGAAAUAGCACUGGGAUUUGCGCAUCGAGCUCUGGUGCCGGUGAUAAUUCGUCGCCUAAUUCCUCUGCUGGUUCUUGCUCGGGCAGAGGAAUGAGUCUGGGAGUGGCAGGUGUUAUCGGGGCAAUGGUAACUUUAGGUGUUCUUGUCGGGGUACUCAUCUUAAGCAUGAUUGUCUUCGGGCUACGAUUCGUACCCAAAAGUGCGGUCUCUGGUAUGCGUCGAGGAUCGGAUGCUUCCAUAAUUCCUGCGAUGAAGACGACUGUGGCGUAG